AUAAAGAAUGUUACAAGAGGAUCAGGGGCCGGAGACCUACGGGAACAGUGGCCCGGGACCCGCGCUGCCCCCACCCGUCCUGAGCAGGCGCCCCCAUGGCCCGACCCCACUGAUUCCUUCACUCGGCCAUGCUCCCGCGGCCCCUGCGGCUGUUUUGGGACACGAGCCCCCCCGGGGUAGUCGUGCUGAGCAGCUUCCGGAGUCGAGACCCCGAAGAGGGUGGGGGCACAGGUGGCCGGGGUGUGGGCGGGGGGCAGGAGGAGGAGGAGGAAGAUGACGAGGCCCCUGUGUCUGUCUGGGACGAGGAGGAGGAUGGUGUCACCUUUACUGUCACAAGUCGCCAGUAUCGGCCUGUUGAUCCCUUGGCCCUGAGGCCUCCCCCGUGUUCCUCCCAGAGGCUCCGAGCUGGCACUCUGGAGGCCCUGGUCCGACACCUGCUGGACGCCUGGACAUCAAGGACUGACGUGACCUUCACAGCAGCCUUCCUGGCUACUCACCGGGCCUUCACCUCCACGCCUGCCCUGCUAGGGCUUAUGGCUGACAGGCUGGAAGCCCUUGAAUCUCAUCCUACUGAUGAGCUAGAGAGGACAAAAGGGGUAGCCAUCUCUGUACUGUCAACCUGGCUGGCCUCUCACCCUGAAGAUUUUGGCUCUGAGGUCAAGGGUCAGAUUGACCAGCUUGAGAGCUUCUUGCUUCGGACAGGGUAUGCAGCAGGGGAGGGUGUUGGGGGGGGCAGCGCUGACCUCAUCCGCAACCUCCGGUCCUGGGUGGACCCCCAGACCCCCGAACUUCCUAAGCCCCUGGCCCUCCCCGGCGAUCCCCCUGCUGACCCCAUGGAUGUCCUGGUGUUCCUCGCUGACCACUUGGCCAAACAGCUGACCCUGCUAGAUGCGGAGCUAUUUCUCAAUCUGGUCCCCUCUCAGUGCCUGGGGGGUCUGUGGGGUCACAGAGACCGGCCAGGACAUUCCCACCUCUGCCCAUCUGUCCGGGCUCCUGUCAUACAGUUUAACAAGGUGGCAGGGGCAGUGGUCAGCUCUGUCCUGGGGGCUACCUCAACCAUAGAGGGGCCUGAGGAGGUGACCAUACGGCCACUCCGUCCACCCCAGAGGGCCCGGAUGCUGGAGAAGUGGAUCCGUGUGGCAGAGGAGUGCCGUCUGCUCCGAAACUUCUCUUCAGUGUAUGCUGUGGUGUUGGCCCUGCAAUACAGCACCAUCCACAGGCUUCGGGCAGCCUGGGAGGAAGCAGCCAGGGACAGCCUCAGAGUCUUUUCCAGCCUCUGCCAGAUUUUCUCCGAGGAGGAUAAUUAUUCCCAGAGCCGGGAGCUCCUCCUGCAGGAGGUGAAGCUGUAGCCUUCUCUGGGGCCAAAUUCCAAGAAGUCCCCGAGGUCUGGCUCCCAGGGUGGGGGUGUGGUCCCAUACCUUGGCACCUUCUUGAAGGACCUUGUGAUGCUGGACGCAGCCUCCAAGGACGAGCUGGAGAAUGGAUACAUCAGUUUUGACAAGCGGAGGAAGGAGUUUACUGUCCUUUCUGAGCUGAGGCAGCUCCAGAACAAAUGUCGUGGCUAUGACCUCCGACCUGACCCCGAUAUCAAGCGGUGGCUACAGGGGCUCCAGCCACUGACAGAGGCCCAGAGCCAUCAAGUGUCCUGUGAGGUGGAGCCAUCCAGUACCAGUGACCCUCCUGCCCCGCGGGUGCUUCGGCCUACGCUGGUCAUCUCGCAGUGGACAGAGGUGCUGGGUUCUGUUGGAGGUCCCACACCCCUUGUCUCCUGGGACUGGCCCAGUGUGGUGGCAGAGGAGGUGCCUGGAAUCCCCGCUCCACUGCUGACCCGGCUGGCCCAGCACAUGAAGUGGCCGUCUGUCUCAUCUCUGGACUCCGCCCUGGAAAGCACUCCAGCCCUGCAGAGUCCCGCUGACCCCAGCCACCUCUCUCCCCCAACUUCCUUCCUGAGGCCUUCUCGAGGUCACUGCUGCUCAGCCUCCUGUGGCUCCCCACUCAGUGGGGGUGCAGAAGGGGCCUCCAGGGGGGCUGGAUAUGGGGGAGGGGGGUCUGGGUCAGGGGCUUCUGAUUGCCGCAUCAUCCAAGUCCAGAUGGAGCUAGGGGAAGACGGCAGUGUCUACAAGAGCAUCUUGGUGACAAGCCAGGACAAGGCUCCAAGUGUCAUCAGUCAUGUCCUUAAGAAAAACAAUCAUGAUUCUGCGGUGGCUUCAGAGUAUGAGCUAGUGCAGCUGCUCCCAGGGAAGCGAGAGCUGACUAUCCCCCCCUCGGCUAAUGUCUUCUACGCUAUGGAUGGAGCUUCACUCGAUUUCCUCCUGCGGCAGCGGUGACGGCCCUCCACUGCUACAAUGGGCCAUGCCAGUGGCCCUUCUGCCUCGGGAACUCCCCCAAGUGAGGGAGGAGGGGGUUCUUUUCCCAAGAUCAAGGCCACAGGGAGGAAGAUUGCCCGAGCACUGUUCUGAGGAGGAAGCCCUGUUGGCUCCUAGAACUCAUGGUGGCCGUGCCAGAUGUGGGGAGCCAUCCUGAAUGGUGGCAGUUGCUGCACUGGGAAAAAAUCCAGAAGGAUGGCCAACCACCCUGGGGCAGUGAAGUGCCACUGGUUUACCAGACAGCCGAGAUCCAGCCCUAUGGGAACUGGUAAUCUUGGUACCCAAGACGGAUCCCUGUGUAUAGCUUCCCACUUUCCAUGAAUGCAGCACACAGCUAGUGCUGGAAAAAGGAUCCCUUUCUGAUUCCUGGCCACAUCCUAGCAUGCUAAGGGCCAAGGAAAGGCCUGGAAGUAGGGGGAAAGGAAAGGCCUGGAAGUAGGGGGAAAGGAAAAGCCUAGAGGCUCUGAGCCCCAGGGGAAGGGAAUGGUAAGAAAAAGGUUCUAGUAGGAGUUCCUCUUCCUACUCUGGGUGUUCCUGUCACUGUGACAACACUAAUAAACCAAAACACUACCUGAACUCUAAAAGAAAA